AUGGCCUUUGCAUCCUCCCUAACUGAGCUCCAACUACAGGCCACCUGCCCCAUCUGCUCGGAUUACCUGAGGGAUGCAGUCACCCUUGACUGUGGGCACAACUUCUGUGACUCUUGCGUGCAAGAGCGCUGGGCUUAUCUACAGGACAUCUUCCCUUGUCCGGUCUGCUUUCACCACUGCCCUGGUGGAGCCACCAAAAGGAACACCCAAUUGUCUUACAUUGUUGACAUCAUGAAGCAGCUUCCCACUGGAAGGAGUAAACGGAAAAGGCAGGAAGAGGAACCCCUCUGUGAGAAGCACAAUGAAGUGUUAGACCUGUUCUGUGAGGAGGACUCUGAGCUGUUGUGUCCCCAGUGCAGGGCCUCUUCUGACCACCAGGGUCACCACUUGAUGCCCACUGGGAGAGCCAUAGUGAAUCAAAGAAAGAAGCUCAAAACAUAUAUGGAACUUCUGAAGAAACAGAUCAACGAUGCUAAAAUGGUGUAUGAAGAUCAAGUUAGAGAAGGCACAGAAGCAAGGUUUCAGAUAGAAAAUUGCAAAGGACAAUUAAAGCCUGAAUUUGAGAAAUUUAAAUUUAACUUGAAAAGGGAAAAUAUUUCAAUGUCCUCCUCUUUGCUUACUUCGGAGAUCAUCAUGGAAGAUAAGCUAACUCAAAACAAAAAUUCUAUUUCAGAUCACAGGAAAACCCUAAAAAAUCUCCUAGAUGAACUAACAAAGAAGUGUUUGCAGACUGACCAGAACUUACUAAGAAGCAUCAAAAGCACUGAUCUUCAGUAUGGAGACUUACCACCCCCGGUGGUCUUGACAUAUGAGAUCAGGAGAGAGAGUUUAACUCUCCCCCCUCAUUAUAUUGGUCUAAACAAAAUCGUCAGCACUUUUCAGGAAAAUUUGACACUAGACCUUGAAACUGCCCAUGCAAAUCUUAUUGUUUCCAAUGACAGAAAAAGGGUGGCAUUUGGAAUAAGACCAAUGAACUUUGUAGGCAAUUUCCAGCACAGGAUUCCUUUCCCAGCCGUGCUGUCUUGUGAGAGCUUCACUGAAGGCAGACAUUUUUGGCAGGUAGAAGUCAAAGGUACUGGUGAAUUGUCCCUAGGACUGUGUAAAGAAAACUUCCGUGAAAAAAUUCCUGUGUCCUCAAUCUCUGACAAUGACUUCUGGCAGUUUAAGCUGACCUUGAGGCCCUUCUUGGAUACUGAGCAAGAGGAACAAAAUAAGAGAUUUGGUGUGUUUCUGGAUUAUGAGUUGGGAGAACUUUCCUUUUAUAAUCUGAAGAGCAAGUUCUUCUUGCAUAAGAUCACUGGUACAUUCCCAGAAAGAGUGAUACCCUUUUUUGCUUUUGGACCUUCCUCAGAUUCUCUUAUGCUCAGUCUAGUUAUGGAGCAAUGA